CAACUUCACAUCUCAUGUCAGCUAGUUUCCACUCUGAUAUUAGGAAGAGUUUCAACACUAUAGUGCUCCUAUAAAUUAUCACGGUACGGUUUUAUACAUCAAAAUUGACCCUUUUGGUGAACUUGCAUUUGUCUAGAUUCAACAAACUCCAACAAAAUUGGAUACCAAAGAUUAAUAUAUCAGAGUCAAAUCUGUUAAUAUUAGAGACAGUAGAACUUUAUACCUGGAAGUCAAUAAGACUUAAAUAUCUGGAAGCGCAAAAUAUUGCUCCUUCCAGUAUUUAUUCUUAUAAAUACGAGAGCUAACUAUUUUCUCGACAAGAUAUUGUGGAUUUGUUCCUUUGACGGUUUCAGACACCGUGAAGUCCGCUGAACUUGAUAGCUAUUUCCAGACUCCUCGCUAAAACUGUCCAUCCCACAAUUCCAAGUGAGUUUCCUUUCGCCAAACUGAAACGAGUUUUCAUUGACUGUACUGGCGGAAUCUUGCCAAUCUUUUUGGCUGUGAUCACGGUUAAAAAUCCAAUCAGCUCUGUAAUGGAAUACCUAGUGCCAGAACACCAAGGUCUUGCCAAAGACGGACUCGAUAAAUUACGACAAAAGCUACCGUCCGCUGAUGAAGAUGUUCUGAAGAAAGUGAAAGAGGAAGAAACGCUAUUUCCUUAUUUGUUUGAAAUAGCGCAGCAUUUCACGAGGACAGAUCUUCCAACAGCAUUAAUAAUAUGGGAGUAUAUACUAGAAAAAGCCAUGAGCAAGCAACAGAAAUUUGCUAUCACUAACCAAAUAUUUCAAAUUCAGAUCGCAACUGGUCCUUGGAAAGUUGCUUUCGAAACAGCCAAGAAAUUAUAUGAAGACACUGCUCUGGAGUAUUCAUCUGAUAAUUUGAGAGGUCUCGCAGCGAGGGAAAACGGUGUAGCACCACUCUUAUUUGAAGCUGCCCUUAAUCUGGGAACAAUACAUCGCCUUCUUAAAGAACUAAACGAAGCCGAGAAGUUGUAUCGGAGGGCGUGGAACAUUGCUACAUUUGUGAUAGAUUUUGAUAGAGAAUCCCUAGCUAAAGUACAUCUAGCAAUCUGUUUGCUCGAUCGCGGUGAACUAAGACAGGCCAUAGAUACCUAUUUCAGGCCACUGAUGGUUUCCAAAGCCACAAUGAAACCUCGCACGAGAGCUCUCUACCUGCAGUAUUAUGGAAAUGCUUGUAGAUCUGCGGCAGACUGGGGCAGAGCUAAAGAGUACCUACGAGAAGCCCUAGGCCUCGUCAAAGAAAUGAAAGACGUUGGUCUUGUGUCUAGUUGCUGCGGGGACCUGGGAAACGUUUUCAGAUCGGAAGGAAGGUACAAAGAUGCAGAACAACUGUUUUCAAAACACUACGAGUACGCAUUGAGUAGAGGAGACAUCCAUGGCCUGGCUGUUGCUUGCAACAAUAUUGGAUACUUGAAGUUUUACAACCCCAAUGAGUUUAAUGAUUCUGUAGUGUACCAGUUCAUUGCAUACUCCCUUGCCGAGCAAGUGGGUGAUUUUGCACGAAUGGGAAUGGCAUUUAACAAAAUUGGCAAACUAUAUACCACACUGGGUUACAAUGAUUUUGCUGUAAAGAUGUUUAGAUUCGCCAUCGAUCGUGCGCACAGGGCAGACAAUGUUGCUCGCGAAGGAAUGGCAUGGGGGAACUUAGGCACGGUUUACAGAGCUUUGGGAAGGUUUGAAGAUGCCAUUAAUUGCCAUGUAAAGUACCGGGACAAUGCUGAAAGGCGAAUGGACAUCGGUGGAGUAGCCAUUAUGCAGCAUCAGUUGGCCAUGGAUUACAUCCUUUUAGGAAAGCUCCCGGAAGCAGGGAGUUCGGUUCUCGAUGCGUUUCAAACACUGGAGAGGAUCCGCGCACAGGUCGGUGAAGAAGACAAAUCGAAGCUGUCUAACUUUGAGAAGAACCAAGCCGAAGCGUAUAACCUGUUACAAGUUUUGCUUGUAGCGCAGGGGAAGUUUAAAGAGGCUCUUGUUUUGGCUGAUGCAAGUAGAGGCCGAGCACUGGCGGAAAUUGUUCGAAAGCGAUUAUCAGGCUGUAGCGAUACCACCAGUAGAGAAGAAACGGUAACUCUUGAUGAAGAAUUUAUUACAAAAUCCUUCAACAAUCUUGUGGAAGUCAGCCAUAAGCUUUCUACGACACUUGUGUUUUACUCCGUGGUAAAAGAGUUUGACCAAUCAGGGGCAUAUUUCACAUGGGUGUAUACAUGGGUGUUAGGCCCUUCCGGAAGCCUUCAUUUCAAGAAGACUCGUCUACAGCACGGUUUGGAGACAAAAGUUGAGGUCAAUGACGAAUAUAUAGUGUCUCUGAGGCGAUCUUUGGGCCAGCAAUCUCAAAAAGAAGAAGUGGGCAAGAUUCUGAGAUCAUGUGGAGAGCAAAAAAGGGUUUCCAGGGAGGCCAAGAUACAUUUUGCAACACUUAAAGGCGAGGAUGUCUUGAAUUCGCUGGAAGGAUUUGAACACGAGUUCGCAACCGGUUGGCGAAACUUGCGUAUUCCGCUCAAAGUUAAGGAUCAAAGAAUACAAGAACACAUAAUGGUACCUAAAGAAGCUCCAAAAAUUAAAGAGGAAAGAACCUCUAAUGAUUCGAUAGUCAGUCCAGACAGCUGGCCUGUAGACCGACUAAAUGCUGAGAAACCAACCACCAAUAAAACGGAGCCUUGCAAUGUAGUAAGUCCAGAAUCGUACGAGGUGUCGAGUAUAGAGAAUGCCCUUUCAAGUGGACAUUCAAAACAAAGCAAUGUAACAAAGCAUAGUGUAGCUUUCGAUGAAGAUGACGCUGUUUCUGGUAAAUCUCCCCUCGUAGCUGAAUGCCAAGAGGAAGACCCCCAGGACAACUCGAAGAAGCAAAGCGAAAUGGAGAAAGAUAAAUCAUCUUUUGCAACAAGCGAGGAAAGCAUUCAACAUCCAUUGAUUGAUUCCGUGGUUUCACACCCGUGCGCAUAUUUAAAGUCCGAUAUAGCAAAAUCUAAGAUAUCGAUUGCUUCAAAACCAAGUGGUAAUCGUAUUGACGAAGAGGCAAUGACAACAGGUCCUGGCGGUUCUGGGGCUCCCACACCAGGCCUUGAACAUGAUCUUACCAUCAAGCUAUCAGGUGAGGAAUCUAAUUCUUCUCUGCAAGGCAACAACAAGAUUGAAGAAGAAAAUAGUGAUCAGUUCCCAGUUAAAGUAGGUGGUGACGUUUCCGUGGGCACAUUGUCGGGUCCUUUGAACGAUGUUGUAACUGAGGUCCUUGGCGCAGAUUCAAAGGUGCAAAAUAAUGAACCUCAGAAUAACCCUGAACCGGAUCCUUGGAUACCACUGCUGAGCCAACUCCACGAGAUUCUUAUUGAGCCAAUUAUUCAUUUCCUACCCAGGAAGGAAGAAACUCGACGGGUAACUUUCAUACCUCAAGAUUUUUUGCUCAAAGUUCCCUUCGCAGCUUUGCAAAGUGACUCGAGGAGUCACUAUUUCAUGGAGGACUUCAUAAUCUCUACCUCUCCAGCGGUCCAAUUUCUCAACUUAGCCUGUGCUUCUCGCGAAACCAUUCAACAGACCACAGCGCCUCAAGAGCUAACUCUUCUUGCAGUUGGAAACCCCAUUAUGCCUUUUGAGGAGCUUCCACAGCUCCCCUCUGCAGAGCGUGAAGUGCGCAUGAUCAAAGAGACUAUCAACUCGCCGAUGUCUGAAAUUCUCAUCGGUUUUCAGGCCCAAAAGGUGGUGGUGAUGGAGGCCAUGCCAAAGUACAAGAUUCUUCACUUCGCGACGCACGCUAUCAUCGAUGACAUAGACUCUCAUGGAGAUUUUAGCAUGAAAGGACUCAUUGUUCUUGCCAAGUCUGACCUCGAAUGUAAUGGUAUUCUGACAGCCGAGGAAGUGAUGGGCAUGGAACUGAAUGCUGACCUUGUUGUACUGAGCUGUUGCGAAACGGGAUUGGGUAAAGUGACAGGCGAUGGAAUACUAGGCUUGUCACGGGCGUUUCUGGCUGCUGGUGCUUCUUGCGUGAUUGUUACGCUAUGGAAGAUUGAUGACGGACCUGCUUCUGAGUUGAUGAUGUCAUUCUACCGCGAAUAUAAAGCUUCCCGUGAUGCUGCAGUAUCGUUACAGAGGUCCAUGAAGAUCCUUCAAAGUAAGGAGGACACUCGAAGUCCCCAACAUUGGGCUGCAUUUUCCAUUGUGGGUGCUACUGGUCUAAAAUAACUCCUUUCCAAGGGGCUAAGCGCA